AUGUCUAAUCUAGCAUUAGCUGUUCCAUCUGAACCACAAAAUCAACAUUUAAAUACAUUAUAUUUUCGUUUUUUAAAUGAACUUAAUCAUAUUCUAACAUUACAACAAGAUCAACGACAAACUAAUCCAUUAAAAUAUACUCAAAGUUGUCGUCGAACAAAUGAUCUUUUACCCUUUGAUUAUUCUCGUUCUGUAACACCAUCAGCUAUAAAUGUGACAUCUUCAAGUGAUCAAAAUUCACUUGAACCAAUUUAUACACGAACAAAUAAUCAUUUAAAUUCAACAUUAGUACGUAAAGCACGUUUAGCACAAAUCCGAGAUGAUACUAUUGUUUUAUAUUAA